AUGCAGUCUGCUUACGGUUUUGAGAUAUCAUACAAGGUUGCUUGGAAAGCAAAGCAAAGUGCUAGGGAUAUGAUUUAUGGAUCUGAGGCUGAAUCUUUUAACAUGUUAUCCUGGUUCAGGGAAGCUAUUUUAGCGAGUAACCCUGGUUCUGUUUUUGUCUUGGAAGUGCAUCCUGAUACCAACCAAUUCCAUAGGCUUUUUAUUGCCUACGCAUGUUGUAUUGAAGGUUUUAAAUUCUGUCUACCUGUAUUAUAUGUCGAUGGCACUUUUGGCAAGAGUCCUUACAAGGGGACCAUCCUUUGUGCAACUGGAAGGACUGGAAAUAAAGGUUGUUUUCCUUUGGCCAUGUGUAUAUGUGAUUCUGAGACUAAAAAUAAUUGGUGUUUUUUCUUCCGGCACUUGAAGGAUUUGCUGGAAUCCCAAGGUAGAGUGGUUACAUUUAUGAGUGAUCGUGGUAAUGGAUUACUCGGUUCUUUCAAUAAGGUACUUCCUGGUCAUCCUCACUUGUUCUGUUACAUGCAUUUGUCGGCCAAUUUGAUGAAUAGAUAUGGUGGAGUGAGUGCUACUGUGAAAAAUGCUGUGAAGAAUAAGUUUUUUGAGUUAGUAUAUGCAUCUUCCCCCUCGCAAUACCGUUUGCAUUUAAGAAAGCGUAGAGAAAUUGGUGAUGUAAAAAUUAUAGAUGAUUUUCUGAAGGAUAUGCCUCUUGAAAAUUGGUGUCGUGCAUGGUUCUCUGGAUCACGUUAUGGGAUUAUGGCUAAUAGCAUGGCUGAAUCUUUUAAUGCCUGGUUUGCUGAAGAGCGUGAGAUGCCGGCAUAUGGUAUGCUUGAUCAGACUAGGAUAAAGUAG